AUGGGUAGGGAAAAUCAUGACACUACUAUUGUUCAUUCUUCCAUUCAACUUUUACAAGAGAGGUUUAGACAACUAGAAAGAGUAAAAGAAAUGAGGGAAAAGAGAGAGUUAAAGAAAAUGCUCAAUGAACCAAAACAACAACAAUUGAUCAAUUCCAAUAAUAUUAUUACAACUACUCCAACUUAUGAAUCAACAAGGUUGUUUUUUUCUUCUAACAAUGAUGAAUUGAUAAAUAAUCCAUCAAGAUCAUCAUCAUCACCACCUCAUGUUUCUCUUUCUCUUUGGCCAACAUCAUCACAGGUAAAACAUGAUGAUUUAUGCACCACAAAUUAUAAUACACAUACACAUGCACAAACCUUGCAAGCCUCAUGGAAGAAUGGUUGUUAUGAUUCUGACUCUGCCUCUGAUUCUUCUGGUCUUGACACUUCUCUUCACUUGUGA